AUGUCAGAAAUUCUGAUACUAACGACGAAGCAAAAGACAGAAUUACAUAAAGCCAUCUUACAGUAUGUGGAGCCACUACUAAAAGAUUCAGGAAACGAAGAAACGAUACUGAAAUUGAAUGAAAUUCUAGAGAUUGAUCAUGGUUCUCUUAAUAGUAUAAUACCUAAUUAUUUAGAAAAGAAAUGGUCUACAGUUCUAAGGUUACAGAAAAGAAUAUUGGAUUUAGAAAAUGACUUAAGCAAUUUAAAGUCAUCCAUGGAAGUUCAUGAAGUUCAAGAAAUCGUCAAUGCAAAAGGAAAAAUAAAUUGGAUACCAGCAUCAGUUAAACAAACAUUCAAAACCCAAACAAACCAACAAAUUACUACGGUUUCCAUGCAUCCUUUUCUUCCUAUAAUUGUCAGUGGAUGUUCUGAUGGUACAAUAAUAGUAUGGAAUCUUGCUGUAGAUGAUACGACACCAGAGAAAAUAAUCAAAGCUCAUACAAGAAGCGUAAACAGAAUAGUCUGGAGUAAGAAGCCAUUGGAUUUGACUGAUAAUGGAACCUUAGAAUAUUAUUUUGCAUCUUGCUCAUCUGAUUUGUCUGUAAGAGUUUGGAAUGGCUCAUCAUAUAAACAGGUGAGAUCUUUAAUGGGUCACGAACAUACAGUAUCAUCUUUAUCUUUUUCAUCAAGCAACAACAAAAUUUUAUAUUCCGUCUCCAGAGACAAAACAAUAAAAGCUUGGGAUAUUGUCAAUGCAAAUUGUAUUAAGACGUUUGUUGGACAUAGUGAUUGGGUAAGAAAUCUCGAUACUGUAAGUUCACCAAAUUCAUCGUUUGGAGAUUUUGUAAUUUCUUGCUCAAAUGAUCAAUCUAUAAGAAUCUCCCACGCUGAAUCAGGGAAUGGGGUUUCUUUAUUGAUUGGACAUGGUCAUGUUGUUGAAGAUGCUAAGUUUUUACCUCUUCAUUCUAACAAGUAUAUCGAUAAAUUCAUUGAAAAAUACAAUCAAAGAUUUCAAAAUAUUCCCUCAUUUUUGAUGGAGGAAUCGAUAUACGAGGAGUCUUUAGGAUACAAAUAUUGUAUUUCAGCAGGACGUGACAAUUCGGUAAAGCUUUGGUUGUUACCACCACCUUCCACCCAACCACAUAGACCCCCAAUGCCUUCAUCAUAUAAUAAUUCACAAGGUUGGUUAGUAGAUAAUUUACUUGGCCACACAUCUUGGGUCAGGAGUUUGGUGGUACACCCUAACGGAAGAUUUAUUUUCAGUGCUAGUGAUGAUAAAACCAUUAAAGUUUGGGACUUAGAUUCUUUGGUUACCGAAGGUAAAGCCAAAUGUAUCAGAACAUUGACAGGGCACGAAGGUUUUGUUAAUUGUAUUGAUUUUGCCAGUUUCGAAGAAGAUAACAAAACCCCAUUAACAGGAGAAGAGCUACUCAAACAUAUAGAAUCUAAAAUGAGAUGCUUGUUUAUAAGUGGGGGUGUGGAUAAUAGUGUAAAAUUAUGGAAAUGA